AACUGCGCUACAUCCCUCUGGAAACAAAGCACAGGGGGGGAAGCGGGGCCUGGCUGCUUCUUAACUGUCCCCCCCCUUCUCUCCCCUUUCCUCCUCCUCUGUCUCUCUGCAGCCCAUGGAUCCUCCACUUUAAAGGCAGCUGUUCCUCCCCCCCCUCCCAGAUCCUCCUGGUCCGGGGUGAGCCGGUGUGUGUAAGUGAGUGUGAGAGGGGCUAGCGGGCAACGAGCGCCGGCAGCAGCAGCAGCACCACCAGCUGCUGCUUCUUUGCGUCUGGGAGCUGUGACUGUUCAAAGGGGACUAACAUGCACCUUGCUGAGGAUCUGAUGUUACCCACCUAGGAACAGCGUUGUGACCUGACUCCGACAUUCCCCAGGAUGCUGGGAAUCUGCAGAGGGCGCCGGAAGUUCCUCGCGGCCACCCUGACCGUUCUCUUCGUGCCAGCAUUCACCUGGAUUUACCUCUUCUCCGGGACGUUUAAAGAUGAGAAGCCAGUCUCACUCACUCCCUACGAAGCCCCAGCAAACAGCCCGCGGUACAUGUUCAACCAGAGAGAGCGGGAAUCCAUGGAAGUGCGAAUGCGAGAGGUAGAAGAGGAAAACCAGGCCCUUCGUAAGCAGCUCAGCCUCGCCCAGACCCGAGUCCAUCGCCAUAGGAACCAUUCCAAAAGCUAUUCCACGGAGGAAGGCACGGGAGACAAUGAGGUGGUGCAUGCAUUGGCGUGGAAUGGCUCGGAAUGUGGCAAAUGGCCCACCGUAGAAAAGUGCGAGACAAUCCACAUUGCCAUUGUGUGCGCAGGAUACAAUGCGAGCCGUGAUGUUGUGACACUCGUAAAGUCCGUUCUGUUUCACCGGCGAAACCCUUUGCAUUUCCAUUUCAUCACUGAUGCUAUUGCCAAGCAAAUCCUGGGCUAUCUCUUUGAGACGUGGAUGGUUCCGGCAGUGACUGUCAACUUUUAUGACGCUGAUGAGUUGAAGCCAGAAGUUUCAUGGAUUCCAAACAAGCAUUACUCAGGGAUAUAUGGACUAAUGAAACUGGUUCUCACCAAGACUCUGCCUGCUUCUCUGGAACGGGUCAUUGUACUUGACACAGAUAUCACCUUUGCUACAGACAUCGCUGAACUUUGGGCUGUGCUGCACAAGUUCAAAGGUCAGCAAGUCCUCGGGUUGGUGGAGAAUCAGAGUGAUUGGUACCUUGGGAACUUGUGGAAGAAUCACAGGCCGUGGCCAGCACUGAGUCGAGGAUACAACACAGGUGUUAUCCUGCUGCUGUUGGACAAGCUGCGGAAAAUGAAGUGGGAGCAGAUGUGGCGUCUGACUGCGGAACGGGAGCUGAUGAAUAUGUUGUCCACUUCACUGGCUGAUCAGGAUAUUUUCAAUGCCGUCAUUAAGCAGAAUCCUUUCCUGGUGUACCAGCUUCCGUGUUUCUGGAAUGUUCAGCUGUCAGAUCAUACACGCUCUGAACAGUGCUACAAGGAUGUGUCAGACCUCAAGGUAAUCCACUGGAAUUCUCCCAAGAAACUGCGGGUGAAGAACAAGCAUGUCGAGUUUUUCCGGAACCUUUAUCUGACGUUUCUGGAGUACGAUGGGAAUCUCCUACGCCGGGAGUUGUUUGGCUGCCCAAGCGAGGUAGACAAGAACAGUCAAAACCUUCAGAAGCAGUUAUUAGAACUGGAUGAGGAUGACCCCUGCUACGAAUUCCGAAGGGAGCGAUUCACUGUCCAUCGCACCCAUCUCUAUUUCUUGCACUAUGAGUUCGAGCCUUCCACUGAAAACACAGAGGUCACACUGGUGGCUCAGCUAUCAAUGGACAGGCUGCAGAUGUUGGAGGCGAUCUGUAAGCACUGGGAGGGGCCCAUCAGCCUUGCGCUCUACCUGUCUGAUGCUGAGGCCCAGCAGUUCCUCCGCUAUGCCCAGGGAUCAGAGGUUCUGAUGAGCAGGAGCAAUGUUGGCUACCACAUUGUCUACAAGGAAGGACAGUUCUAUCCUGUCAAUCUGCUGCGGAACAUAGCGAUGAAACACGUCAACUCACCCUACAUGUUCCUGUCCGACAUUGACUUCCUCCCUAUGUAUGGUCUCUAUGAGUACCUCAGGAAGUCUGUUGUCCAGCUUGAUAUGGCUAACACAAAGAAAGCUCUAAUUGUGCCAGCGUUUGAGACUCUCCGCUAUCGCCUGUCCUUCCCAAAAUCUAAAGCGGAGUUAUUGUCCAUGUUAGACAUGGGAACGCUCUUCACUUUUAGGUAUCAUGUUUGGACCAAGGGUCACGCUCCAACGAACUUUGCCAAAUGGCGGACGGCCACCACCCCCUAUCACGUCAAUUGGGAGGCAGACUUUGAGCCUUACGUUGUAGUAAGGCGUGACUGCCCGGAGUACGACAGGAGGUUCGUCGGGUUUGGCUGGAAUAAAGUAGCACAUGUCAUGGAGCUGGAUGCACAGGAAUAUGAGUUUAUCGUCCUCCCCAACGCUUACAUGAUCCACAUGCCUCACGCCCCCAGCUUCGACAUCACCAAAUUCCGUUCCAACAAGCAAUAUCGAAUAUGUCUGAAGACACUGAAGGAGGAGUUCCAGCAGGACAUGUCACGUCGCUACGGGUUUGCAGCACUCAAAUACCUGACUGCCGAAAACAACAGCUGAGACCCCGGACUGUCCUCGGCCGACUUUACUUAAAACACUGCGAGGAGUGAAAUGGGGGUGCUGUGUACAGCCAGUCGUGCAAAAAUGGAAGCCAAAAUUUACGUGUGUACCUGCCAACUGUCAGGAUUUGAGUGGAAGAGUUGUACUUACAAGAGCUUACUUUGAGUCCUCCAAGGCGCUGUUACAAUAUUCCUAUCGUUUGCUUUUUAAGGCCUCUCUACCAUUCCACCCCAUCUUACUGCCUCGCCCUUAAGGCAGGUCACUAAUGGCCAUACAGUCUCUUUCAGGUGGGAGGGUGGGAUGGUCCAGCCUUUAGUGCAACAGGUGCCCCCACAAUUUGCUCCUUGAUUAUUCAGAGGGGCUUCACUCUUGAGUGCACUCCUUCAAGAGCUUAACACUUCGUUGUUGCGGCCUAGUGAAAGCAAAAGAAACAAAAAUAAGAGGGCACAGUGGAGAUGAUUAGUAACAGCAGUGCUGUUCCUGGGUUGGUGUAACCUGGUAACUAGCAUCGAUGAGCUACUAUAAUGUUGAUUUUCUUUGACCAUCUUUUGCCAUUGUUAGGGGUCCCUGCACUAUCCUGAUUUCCCAGCUGCCUCAGGCAAGUUCAAAGGUCCAGCCCAGCCCUGCCACCUUCUGCUGGUAAAAGCAAUGUCAGCACUCUCAGGGUGAUAGGAGGCAGUGAGCAACCAAAAUCCUGUUCCAUCCAAAACUGAAAUGUCUGUAUAUCCAAUUUCUUAGUCAAAUGAAAGCAAACUACUGCGGAUGCUGGAAAUCUGAAAUAAAAACAGGAAAUGCUGGAAAUGCUCAGCAGGCCUGACAGCAUCUGUGGAGAGAGAAACAGGGUUAAUGAUUAGGGCGAAGGUGCCCUGGCGAGGGUCAGGGGUGCGCGCAGUUAAUUGUGUGUGUUUCCAAUGGCAGAAGGGAACCUUGAACCAAAGCUUUGACUCUUAAUCAAUGCAUUGGAGGUUGAAUUUCACAAGCAAAUGACUAUUGUUGCUUGGAUUGGAUAAGAGACUGUGCUACUCCCAAUUAGCAGGCUCAAAAGGCUGAUGGCCUACUCCUGCUCGUAAGUCCUAUGUUCCUAGGUUGGUUUUGAGGAUUCAAAUAUAAAAAUAAUAUGGCCGUGAAGAUUGUUAACUUCUGUGAAAGGAAAUGAAGCAGAUUCUACCUAAGAAUCAUGCUUUGGUGUUUAAACUCUAAUUUGUCUUAGUCAGAAGAACGGGAUCCCCUUGUGCAUCACUAUCGGAUUGGGGUCAUUCGCGACACGAGUUCACUAGGGGUGAAUUGGAAUCAACAAAAUUAAUGAGACUGGGAUGUUGACGCAUAUUCCUGAUCCCGAAAGCUCCCAAUUUGUGUCUUUUGACCAAAUUUAUGAAAUAUGUAACCGCUUAAAUUGUCAUGUAUUGAUGUGUCAAAAGAGGAAGAUUUCUGGGCUCAACAUGAUCAUUAGAGCUUAUUUAAAACUUUGCGGUUAACGCCAAAAUAUUUUAAAAUUUCCUGAGACGCGGUGAGGCUGGGGUCACAAAGAGUCAUGAGAUCAUGAAAGACUUCGAGCUAUCCUUGAUGUUCAAGUUCAAGUCAAGUUGAGAGUGGAUAAAGAGCCAGGAAUGCACGAUGUAACCCCCUCGAGUUUGGAUAAGGUGGUAAAUUCAGUUGAUUGCCCCUUCUACUGCGUCGCCACAGACUUGCAGUGAUUCAUUUCAUUGAGUCCUGGGCAAAUCUAGGACAAGAUGUCCAGAGGUAGAGGGAGAUCAACCACUGGUUUAGAUUAUUUGUAAAGACGAUUGAGGGUCAGACACUAGGUUGGUGCAAGAAACAAUGGGAUGCAGCAAUAGGAAGAUGGUAGGAUUGAUAUUUCGGAGAACAUGGUCAAAUGGGUUUCUUCAACCAAACCUAUCUCAUGAUUUUCCUCAAGAUGUCCACCAAAUUCAGGGAGAAUUCAUAAUAGUGCAAACUGUAUAUGAUCUGUUGGAGGGAAGUGAGUUUAGUAACCUAUCUGGCCAAUUAUGGUGAAUCUCUGCCCAGUUUCAGUGUCUCUUUUCCAGUGUUCUGCCGAAUCUGCUGUAGACUAUUGAUAUGUGCAUCAACUGUUAGAAAUAUCACAGCUCCUUUAUGUUGAAGUCCAUCAUGUUUUGAAAAGCAGUUGAAGUUUUAGUUUCCAUGUGCCCUUAUCAAAACCUUGUCAGUCACUGUACCAUGGAAGCUGCCAAGGUACAUCAGAUUAUUCCUUGAUGUACAGUUUAUCAUGUAGUCCCUGACCCGCCCCACAAUGGAAAAACAUUUAUGAAACCAAUUGGUACAAUGACUGACUGACAGACAAAAAGACAAAUCAACAUUCCUUGGUGUCCCACAAAAUAAUCUGACUGUACCUUUUGGGUAUAAAAAAGUACCCUUCUUUAACACUUUCUAUCCUCAAGGAGAGCAUGAUGGAUGAACUGUAGACUAAUUACUAGGUUAAAUAAGCCUCAGGUUGCUUGGAUCAGAGCACAGUGUUGUAUUGGACUAGACAAUCACUGGAAGACUGUUGGACCAUUUGAAGCACCAUUGAAGGGCUUGAGAAUCACUGGAACAUGAGUGUGGCAGAUCUUUGGACCUCUGAGAAUAAAUUUGGAGGAUUGUUUGGAUUGUAUGAAGCAUUAUUGGAAUGCUUCAGUUGUUGGACUGUUAAUGUCAUUCCACCAUUUGUGGACUCUCUGACAUUCCCAUGAGCUGACUGCAGGGUUAUAUAGGAAGCAAUUAUUUGGCCUUUUAAUUUACUUUUGGUCUGCUUCAAUCGUUACACUCUGUGGAAUGUUACUGGCCAAAUGUGUCGUCACCAUUGGGAUUCUGAAGUACUGUUAAAUAGUUUGGAAAUUCAUUGCAGAGCUAUUGAGAAAUCUAGUAGAGUGGUAAGAGUACCUUUGAAUAAUUGCUGGACUAUUCAGGGUAGUUCAUUGGAGAACUGUUGAACAAUUUGGAGUACCACUGGGCUAUUGGAGAAGAGCUAGGCUGCUAGAGUACUAAUAGAGGAUUCUGAACUGCUCAGAGCACUGCUGGGAAACUGUUGACUCCUUUGUAUCACAGUUGAAAGGUUGUGCUCCAACUAGAAGCAGCAUAGGAGGAUAGUUGGACAGGUCACAGAGCUUUUGGAGAACAAUCAGAGACAGAAACGCAAUUGGAGGAGAAUCAGACAGCUAGGAACACCAUUGGAGAAUCGCUGGAAAGCUAGGAGCACUUUUGGAUAAAAGACAAACAGCUAGGAAUAGCAUUGGAAGAUGGUGACAUUUAGGAGCUUUAUUAAAUAAUGCUUAGAAAGCUGGCAAUAUCACUGGAGGAUAAUUGCACAGCUAGGGGUGCAAUUGGAGGAUAGUUGGACAGGUAGGAGUACCACUGGAGGAUAGUUAGACAACUAAAGCUACCAUUGAAAGUUAGUCAGAGACAGCCUGGAGUACCAUUGGAGGAUAGUCAGACAGCUAGGCGCACCAUUGAAGGACAGCCAGAAGGCCUGCAGGACUGGUGGGCUGUUUCCAAUCAUUGAACAACAAAUUUCACUCAUUACCACAAUGGGCAGAAUGACUGUUGAGAGAAAUGGUCAGUCGGCACGAAGCAGAACUGUCUUCUGACCUUGGCAUUGUGCAAGUGACAGAAUAAUAAAUAAAAAUAUUUUAAAAAUUCA